CUGCUCCGAUCGUUUUCUUCUGAAUACACUUGCAGGGUUUGCACCAGGUUUGCACACAGGCUCCACCUUUUCAAGCGGUUCAGUGACCUCAGCAGUGGGCUGGAUUGGAAGGGUGGGAUUUCCAGUCGGCUUCGAGUGAGCUGAGCUCUGUGUAUUCCUGCCUCUCUAUUUUAGGAUCUAUGCGGCUUCAACGAUAGCAUAGAUCGGACCGGUUGCACCUUUUAAUAGCCAUAGAAAGGCCUGUACCUUUUGCACGCUGGAUCUUUUUUUCUACAUGCGACUCCAAUCGGAAUAAAUAAUUGAGGAAUGUGGAAAUUACAGAAUGCCCAACAGCGCUGGAAAGAGAUUUAAACCCACCAAAUACAUCCCAGUGUCCACUGCUGCCACACUCCUUGUGGGAUCGACCACUUUAUUUUUCGUCUUCACGUGCCCCUGGUUGACGAAGGUGAUCUCUCCCGCUGUGCCCCUCUACAAUGGCCUGGUCUUCCUCUUCGUCUUGGCCAACUUCAGCUUGGCAACCUUCAUGGACCCUGGUGUUUACCCCAGAGCGGACGAGGACGAGGACAAGGACGAUGAUUUCCGAGCGCCGCUCUACAAGAACGUGGAGAUCAAGGGCAUUCAGGUCCGGAUGAAGUGGUGCGCCACCUGUCACUUCUACAGGCCGCCUCGCUGCUCGCACUGCAGCGUCUGUGACAACUGUGUGGAGGACUUCGACCACCACUGUCCCUGGGUGAACAACUGCAUUGGUCGGAGGAACUACCGCUACUUCUUCCUCUUCUUGCUGUCGUUGAGCAUCCACAUGGUGGGAGUUUUCUCCUUCGGCCUCAUCUUCGUCCUCCACCACCGAGAUAGACUGGCAGCCCUGCACACCACUGUCACUCUGGUGGUGAUGUGUAUAGCGGGCCUUUUCUUUAUUCCAGUCAUGGGACUCACAGGUUUCCAUAUGGUGCUUGUUGCCCGAGGGCGAACAACCAAUGAACAGGUGACGGGCAAGUUUCGUGGAGGAGUAAAUCCCUUCACCAGGGGUUGCUGUGGUAACGUGGAGUAUGUCUUAUGUAGUCCCCUGGCACCUAGGUACACAUCGGACCCCAGGAAAAAGCCCAAUGUCAAAAUUCAGCCCCCAUUUAUCAGACCUGACCUGUCGGAGAGGCAGAUCACUAUCAUGAUCAGCGACAACGGCAUCCACAGCACCAUCAUCAGCUCCAAGUCCAAAAGCAGCCUGGACGGCUUGGACGAGAAAGAAACCCAGCCGCCGCUGCCACCCAAAGCUGACAGGUACAACCAGCUGAAGAGCCAGAUGGCAUCCAGCGAAGAUAGUUCUCUUCCUGGUAAGACCCACCCUUCCACUCCAGCCAUGUACAAAUACAGACCGUCGUUUGGCACCAUACCUAAAGUCCACUACCACACAGCUGGAGAGAAGAUUAUCAUGCCAGAUGAGCGGAAGACCUCGGCCAUCUUGGAAGAGGGUGUCCGGGGUCAUGACUACCGCUCUGAGCCGAACCUGGACCUGCCCGAGUACACCAACGCUCCCCUCCACCGCACCUUCCAGUCCUCUCCCCUCCAGCUGGACUCUGACCCCGUCAACUCCCGCUCUCUCAGCCUGAAGCAGGGGCACCGCCGGCCGGAGAAGGGCCAGCUCCCAGCCCUGCAGCCGCAGGCAGUCACCUCCACCCCGUACAAGAGCGUCUUCUCGCCCAACACGCUCUCCAACCGUAACGGCAGCUUGUCUUAUGACAGCCUGCUCAAUCCCAGCAUCUCCCCAGCCACUGCCAGCGAGUGCAUGGCCCACCGUGGUAUGCCCUCCGUGGGGUUCCACUCACCCUACCUGCCCACCAAAAUGUGCCACAUCCGAGAACCUGAAAUGCAGAGGCACCAGGUCGCCCCCACCUUCAGUCCAGUGAUGCCACCCAGGGGGGUGGGCAGGCAAUCCCCUCACCUGAAGGACAGGGACCCAUCCCCGGUGCGCUACGACAACCUCUCCCAGACCAUCAUGGCCUCCAUCCAGGAGCGAAAGGAGAUGGAGGAGAGGGAGAAACGGCAGAUAGUGCACGGGCGCUAUGCUCAGGACUCUGGUGUGUUCGAUGGGGGCUAUGGCCUACCCCCCAAUGCUUGUUACCCAGAUGGGCCUCGAGGCCCCGGCUCCAGAGGCCCAACACCCCCGGCCUACGGAGGCUCCAGGGACAACCUCAUGGGAGUCGGGCUGGUGAGCUACGGGCAACGAACCCCUGUGUUGCGUCAUGCCGGCUCCACGCUGGGUCGUGCCCCUAGGACUUCAUCCACCUCCCUGCACACAGAUCACAGUAGCAGCAACAGCAGCCAGAGCAGGGCCACUUGCCCCGAGGGCCUCUAUCGUUCCCCGGCCCACCAGCCCCACUCCCCUGCCAUGCCCCGAUCCCCCUCCUACUCCCACCAGAAACUCUCCUACAUCAGUGCUCUUGAGAGGACAGACGCGCCUCGUCUAGGGGGCCCAAGAGAGGCCAUGAAAGUUAAUGGGCAGAUGGACUGCCACCCCAGUGCCCAGGGUUCCACCCUCAGCCCCAGUCGCCACAGUAACGUCAAAAAGGUGACAGGUGUUGGAGGCACCACAUACGAGAUAUCAGUGUGAGCAGGGACAUGGCAUCCGCCUCCAACGACAACGAACACCCUGCUGCAAAGAGAUUCUCUCGUCUGUUAUUUUAGCGAAGUCUAGAUAACGGCCAGUCAGGGGCACAUAGCGCUCGCUGUUUUGGAGUUAUUGUCCAAUCAGAGGAUCUGUCUGCCCUUGUGUGGGCCUGUCUAGCCAAAUGCCUGUGUGCGUUUGUACCGGAAGGGUUGUUUGUCAGUUAAUAACCGCUGCAGGCUGGUGUGUGUGUGUGUGUGUGUGCGUGUGUG